UCUAACUUAUCUCGGAGACUGAUACCAUGUCUUGUUGCUAAGGAAUCAUUGACUCCUCCGAAGCAUACACUACUUGAUUGAGAAAAACUUAGUAGUUCACUACACUGCAAACCAUUGUUCUCUUACCUUUCUCUGAAAAUCCAUUCACUUUGCUGUUGUUGAGAUCAUAUCAUCAUGGCUGGUGCAGUUGUUGGUGGAGCUUUUCUCUCUGGAUUCAUUAACAUUGUCAUUAACAAGUCCCUUAGAGAGGAUGUGGUCAACCGGGUCUUGGGCAAGAAACUUGGUCCUGGCUUGGUUGAGAGGCUGAAAAUUUCUCUGCUCGCUGAUGAAGCUGUGCUUGAUGAUGCUGAGUACAAGCAACUGGGUGACGAACGCGUAAGGGAUUGGCUCAACAGUCUGAGAGAUGCUGUUUAUGAUGCUGAUGACUUUCUGUACGCUGUACUCACCAAAGCCGCCACUCAAAAGAAGGUACGUUCUUUGUUGCCUAGUUUCUUCCUCAACCGACAUAGGAAGAUGGUAGAUAACAUGGAAGGGGUGGUUUCAAGAAUAGAAUUUCUUGUAAGUCAAAAUGAUAUCCUUGAUCUUCAAAAGAAUACCAAGGAUAAUAACUUGUCAUCAUCAUCAUCGUCAUCAUGGCGAGAAACCACAUGUCUGAUGGAAGGGAACAUAUAUGGCAGGGAGCAUGAUCAACAAGCUCUAAUCAAAACAAUAAAUGACAGCAGUGAAUCUCAGUUAUCUGUGAUUCCUAUUGUUGGCAUGGGUGGGGUUGGUAAAACAACCUUAGCCAAAUGGGUGUACAGUGUCGUGGAAGGAUUUGAUCUCACAGCAUGGGUCUGCAUCUCUGAAACAUUUCAUGUUGCUGACAUUACAAAGAAAACCAUUGAGGAAAUUACAAAAACUACUUGUAGCCUUGGGAGUUUAAAUUUGCUUCAAAAUGAAUUGCAGAAAAUCUUGUCGGGAAAGAAGUUCUUUAUUGUUCUAGACGAUGUCUGGAGCGAUGAUGCCGAUAAGUGGAAGCAAUUUAUAACUCCUUUUCACUGUGGGGCUAAGGGUAGUACAAUUCUUCUAACAACUCGCAAUCAAGAGGUUGCUUCAGUAGUUCAAACAUGUCCCUCUUGCACUCUUAAUGAGUUGUCCCAAGAGUAUUGUUGGUUAUUGUUUGCAGCCAAUGCAUGUUUUCCGGAGUCAAACGGGAACCCAACACUAGUUGAUGUCGGUAGACAAAUUGUCAACAAGUGCAAGGGUUUGCCAUUAGCUGUAGAAACACUUGGCCGCAUGUUGCGAGGAAAGGAUGAUAUUGAAGAAUGGAAUGCUGUUUUAAGGAGUGACAUCUGGGAAAUUUCUACGAAAAAUAGUAAAAUUAUUCCAGCAUUGUUAAUAAGCUACUUCCAGCUACCUCCUUACUUGAAGCGUUGUUUCGUUUAUUGUUCCUUGUUUCCCAAAGAUUAUGAGUUUGAGAAAAAUGAACUAGUUUUGCUGUGGAUGGCUGAAGAUCUUUUAAGGCUACCAAAGAGAGGAGAGAGUUUAGAAGAGGUUGGUUCUGAGUGUUUUGAAGAAUUAGCUUCAAGGUUAUUUUUUAAACCAGCUGAGUAUCGUCGUGACAGGUACGUGAUGCAUGAUCUCUUGCAUGACUUGACAAUAUUCCUUGCUGGAGACUUCUAUUGUAGAAUACAAGAGCUUGGUGAACAAGAAAAGAAGGUUCUCACUCGUCAUUUGUCACAUUUCUCACAUCGAAGCUUAUGUCCUCCAAUCACAAAAGUCUCUAACUCCAUUGCGAAAUUGGAAUCUUUGAGGACAUCGUUGUAUAUCAAUGAUUUCUUUAGCAUGGAAAGCGGAGAAUCAAAGUUUAAAUACUUGAGAGUUUUAUCCUUUUAUAAACUUGAUGUAUUACCUGAUUCAAUAGGUGAAUUGAUUCAUCUACGCUAUUUGAAUCUCUCUAGGUGUAAGAUUAAUAGUUUGCCGGAAUCGUUGUGCAGCUUGUAUAAUCUACAAACAUUAAUAUUGCAUGGAUGUACUAAGCUGACCAUGUUGCCCAGUGGCAUGCAUAAUCUUGUGAAUUUACGGAAUCUGGAUCUUAGGAAUACUUCUUUGGAAGAAAUGCCUGGAGGAAUAAGCAAAUUGGAGCACUUGCAUACCUUAAGUUCCUUUGUGGUGGGCAAUAAUGAAGAUAAUGGAAUCCAGGAAUUAGGAGGGCUCUCAAAUCUUCAUGGGUUGUUGGAGAUUAAGAAGUUGGAGAAUGUUGUUGAUGUCAGACAAGCAACGAGUGCAAGGAUAAGUAAUAAGAAGCACAUUGAUAGGUUGCGGUUGAAGUGGUCUUCAGGUGGUGAUAUGGUUUCAAAUAUGCAAACUGAGAGAGAGAUACUCCACAGCUUGGAACCCCACAAUGGCUUGAAAGAGUUGACAAUAAGGCGAUACAGGGGUACAAUAUUUCCAGAUUGGUUGGGGCACUGUUCUUACAACAUUAUGACACGUGUAUCUCUAAUGUCUUGCAAGAAUUGCUGCAUGCUGCCUUCACUUGGACAGUUGCCAUCUCUUAAGGACCUGUACAUUGAAGAUUUCGGUCAGCUCAGCAGCAUUGGAAUAGAGUUUUACAAGAAUAAAGACAAUCCUUCUUUGCAUAUUGCUCCUCCUUUUCCCUUGUUGGAGAGUCUGGAAUUUUGUGAUAUGGCAUGUUGGGAGGAGUGGCACUUACCUGAUUCAAAAGUUUUUCCUCAGCUUAAGAGUCUUCAAAUAAGAGAUUGUCCAAUGUUAAAGGGAGAUAUGCUCAGUCAUGUAUUAGUGAGAAUUGUUUCUUCCUCAAUGGAUGUUUCAGAAGUUCGCAAACUGGAAAUAAGACAAGAUGACAAAGGAGGGUUUCUAGAGAUGGUACUUUCUGGGGAUACUUUAUCAUUUAGCGGUUGUGAAUCUAUGGUGGAGUCUGCAAUUAAGGCAAUGAUGAGCAUCAACCAUCUAAGUUGCCUCCAAGAAAUAGAAAUCUCAGAGUGUUCAUCACUGACCUCGUUGCCGUUGGAUGCCUUUCCCAAUCUCAAGAAUCUCGAGAUAAAAGGAUGUUCAAAUCUGGAAUCAGUGUCAAUGUCAGAGGCACCACACGCUGCUCUUCAACGUCUAUCCAUUACUUUCUGCAACAAAUUAGUGUCAUUAGCAGGAGAAGGACUGGCUGCACCCAACUUGACUCAUCUUCAAGUCAGCUUCUGCGAGAAGUUGGAGGCAUUACCACGUGACAUGAAAAGUCUACUACCAAGUCUACAGUCUCUCGGGAUAUAUGGUUGCUCAAACAUUUGCAGGUUGGCAGAGGGUGAUUUGACGCCUAACUUGAAAUCACUUCAUGUGGGAAUUUGUGAGCAACAAAUGAGGGAUCUAUCAUGGAUGGCCAACUUCCACGCCCUCACUCAUCUUGAAAUUUAUGGAAAAUACUGCCACAACAUAAAGUCAUAUCCAGAGGUGGAUUCCCUGCCUCAUCUUCCCUCCCUUACCACUCUCACGAUACGCGGCUUUCCUAAUCUGGAGACAUUGGAGUGCAACGAGCUUCUCCGCCUCACCUCCCUUCAACAAUUGUACAUUUCAUUAUGUUCAAAGCUGGAGAAUAUAGAAGGAGAAAAGCUGCCUCCCUCUCUCUUGCUACUUGACGUUUAUUCUUGUGAUUUGCUGGGAGAACACUGCAAGAACAAGCAUCAACUAAUCUGGCCCAAAAUUUCCCACAUUCCCACCAUUCAAGUCACUCGCGAAAGAGAUUUCAUGAAAAGAUUGCUUCUUAGGAGGUAAAAAGUUCACAAAUGUUAGAGAUUUCAUUGCACAUGUAUAUAUAUGGAGAUGUAAAGUGGAUUAAUGUGUUGGGAAGCACUAUUGUUUUCUGAUUUCAGUUUUCAUUUUAAUUGGUAUCUACACUAGUUUAAAUUAAUGACUGAUGUGUAUCAUAGGAUUCAUAUCCACACUACAUGUGGAGUUGCUUGGAUUUUUCAAUUCAAUGCUUUGCUUCAAAGAUAGGAACCAUAGAUGGUUGUUUGGUUAUCAAUAGCAGUCAUGUUUGAACUUUGAACCAACAUGCUAAACAAAUGAGUUUCAGUAUCUAAUGCAAGGGGUUGUAUCAAACAUGAAUUGUAGAC